AUGACACCUGUAGUGGCUGGAAUGAUAAGUGGAGACAGGUCAUCUUUCUAUGGUGUUGGCUUCUACAGUUUGCAAGAUACUCUGUGGGAUGAUAAAGGAAGACACUACUUUAACUCUUGCACCAUAGAAGGUGAUAUGGAUUUCAUCUUUGGUGUUGGUCAAUCUUUAUAUGAGGUGAUAAUAAGUUGUAGCAUAUCAGUUUGUGAAGCGUAUCCAGGUAAAGCAAUUAUUGGUUUCAUCACAGCGCAAGGGAGAAUGAAUGUAGACGAUGAAAAUGGUUUUGUUUUCAAGAACUGCAACAUCCAUGGAUUUGGUAAAACAUACUUGGGAACACCAUGGAGAUCCUAUGCCAGAGUUCUUUUCUACAAAACAACAAUGUCUUCAAUCAUUCAACCACUAGGUUGGCAGCCAUGGAAUUCCAGUGUCGAUGGUGGAGUGGAAUUCUCAGAGUAUGAUAAUAUGGGUCCUGGUUCGGCCUUGUCUGGGAGAGUGAGCUGGUUGAAGAAAUUGGAUUCAUCAACUCUCAUGAAAAUGACAAGUACAGAAUUCGUGGCCCGGAAUGGGGAAUCCGGCGAGGUGGAGAAGUACUGCGGGAGAUUCCUGAUGGUAGCUACUGGGGAAACUAGCGACCCCUUUGUGCUGGCUAUGGAAGCGUUGAGUAGUUUCCCUGGAAAGGUGAUUCAUUCCACUAGAUUCAAGUCAGGGAAGGAGUUCAAAGACGAACAUGUUUUUGUUGUUGGGGCAGAGAAUUCAAAGAGAGAGAAAGAAGAGAGAUAG